AUGGGUGCUAUGCCCGACCCGACAAACCAUGGCGGAGACGCUGGGCGAGGGCCGCGGUUGGUGCACAAGUGUCAAGAUGAUGACCAAAGUUUGGCGGAAGCAUCGGCCGCCAAUCUUGAUUGUUUCAAGUUCGGUGCUCGUAAUGAGAGCAUCAUACUUCCGCCUGAAUACGUAACUUCCUCCAUGACCAUCUGA